AUGACUGACCACAGAAGUAGGCCUAACCAUGUCGGCCCAAGAGCCAAUUCUCGCGCCUGGGUCUGGACAAACAACGGAAAUUUCCACCUCUGCCACGAUCGCGACCUCUUCAAAACCUACGACGCCAUCGAGCCACUUCCACUCGUGGGGCUCGUCGGCGGCGGCGAAAUCCUAGCCAAGGGCAUCGGAAGCGUAGAUUUCGAUAUCCAAAAGAGCAACGGCAGUAAAGGCGUUCUUAAACUUACCAACGUCCUCUAUGUCCCAGGGGCACUGGUCAACCUGAUCCCGAUGUCCGCUCUGUAUGCUGAUGGCGUGAGCGGGUUUGCGAUGUCUUCGGGGAAAGCUACGGCGGAGAACGGGCGCGAGGUUGCGUGGUUUCCGCUCGAUACCCUGUGGAGCCUCAAGCUUGCUGAUGGUGAUGACCGACUCUUUCCGUCUCCACUCCGCGAGCAGGAUAGGCCGGUGUUGAUGGUCUCUACGUUUGCCGAAUCCCAACCUGUCAAGAAGCCGAAGAUGAGCAAGUAUCAGUUCGUUAAGGACGGGUGGGGUUCGAGGGCGAACUUCCAGUACUCGUAUGGGCUCAAGAUGAUUCCCGACGAUGACGAUUUCGAGGAGGGUAAUGAGAUUCUGGAGAAAAUGAUGAGGUAUGAGGGAGUAGCUUGA